CAGUCACGUGGAGGCGUCGGGACUCUCGUCCACACAGAUCGUGAGCUGUUAGCAGUCUGUCCGCCGCAGCGCCGCUCGGUGCUCCACCGCUCCAUGUUGUGCUUCUAGCCCCGCGUCCCUCCAACUGCGAACACUCGUAUCGAAGGAUGAGCGAUAACGACGACAUCGAAGUCGACAGUGACGAAGACUCACCGAGGUAUCACUGUGUGGCAGACAAACGGGCACACCACAAUGCGCUGGAGCGCAAACGUAGGGAUCACAUCAAAGACAGCUUCCAUAGCCUGCGGGACUCUGUGCCCGCCCUCCAGGGCGAAAAGGUUGGUAACCCUCAAACUCAGUCUACCAAACAGGCGUCUCGAGCUCAAAUCCUAGACAAAGCCACAGAGUACAUCCAGUACAUGAGGCGAAAAAAUCACACGCACCAGCAAGACAUCGACGACUUGAAGAGACAGAAUGCUCUGCUGGAGCAGCAAGUCCGUGCCCUGGAGAAGGUGAAGGGCUCGGCCCAGCUCCAGGCCAGCUACUCCUCGUCCGACAGCAGCCUGUACACCAACCCCAAAGGCAGCGCCGUGUCGGCGUUCGACGGAGGCUCCGACUCCAGCUCCGAGUCGGAGCCGGAGGAGCCGCCCAACAGGAAGAAGCUGCGCGUGGAGGCCAGCUAGGAAGCCCAUCGACUCGACACCCGGCCGAGGUGGAGGUGGAGGUGGCGGAGCACAAGGGGGAGGGUGAGAGCGAACGCCAACGACAACCACCGCCACCGCGCCCGGCCGCUCCCUCACUGACGUCUUCGCUCUCUCUCCUCCAUCUCUGGGUGGGCUCGCACUGGAGACUCGUGACCCCCUGAGACCUCCUCACACCACCACCCUCUCUCCCUCUCUCGCUCCACCCGGUCUCUGCGAACAGGAGAGAGGAAGCCAGCAGGGUGGAAGACGACUGCUUCAAUUAAUGUAGAGAGCUUCAGGUUUUUUCCCUCCCUUUCCCCCUCUCUCCCUCUCCCUCUCUCUCCUCCCCCUUUCUCUCCCUCUCCCUCCCCGCCUCCCUCUCUCUCCCUCCCCUCUCCCUCUCCCUCCCCCUUUCUCUCUCUCUCCCUCCCCGCCUCCCUCUCUCUCUCCCUCUCUUCCCUGGUUCUGCGUCAUUGGUAUUUCCCCUCUAGCGACGUCCGCAGUCCAAAACCCAAAAAAAGAGGCAGCUUGGCUACUUAAAGACUUGAUGCUUUUUUUGUACCCUCAAUGAAGCCCCUCCUCCGACCCGGGGUUGUUUUGGGAGGGGGGGGAGCACCAGGCGUACUCCUCCAAGCACUGCUAUAUUAUAUAUUUUACUUUUCUUUUUGUUAAUUUUGUUCUUCUUGAUUUAAAAAAGCAAAAAAAAAAACAACCUGUUUAGAAUCUACACACACACACACACCUAGAUAUAAAUGGUCCUGGAGAAGUUUACCUUUUUUUAAAAAUAAAACUGAAAAAAAAAAAACCACAACCAAUUUGUAGCUUAAUUAUUUUCCACUAAAGAAUGUGAAGGCGCUUUGAAGCGAACGUUAAAACGAAACCCACCUCAGGCCCCACUGGAUCUCAGCAGACGCUUCCUGUCCGACCACGUCUGCUAACGCGAGGGGAAAAAAAAGAGAAAAAUAGAAAACGUGACUCUGUUGAAAAUGGAUGUUUUGAAGGAGAAUAUUCCUGAACCUGUAUCGUAUUUCGUCCUUUAGCUUGAAGUAGUGAAUGACUUUAGGUGGCUGAAUACGUUAGGCAUCUCGUUUUAUAUAUUAUUAUUAUUAUACAAAAAAAAAAACAACGCAUUUGAUUGGAUGUUUUUUCAAGUUGGAGAACAAAAAAAAAUUAAAUAUGUUAUGCAUUUUGUAGUAAUCUCACGAGUCAUUGGGGUAAAAAAAAAGAAAAGAAAAUGCCAAUUUGUCACAUGUAGUUUUUCCUUAAGGGUAUGAAAUAGGUCUUGAAUGUCAGAAGGUAGCUCCCGUCCGUCGCAGUACAAGGAAGCGGAAUCGGUCCCAGUCGAUGUGUUGUGCUUUACACGGUAAAAUCAAUGUUGCUGAAUCUCCCCCCCCCACCCCAAGACAUAAGGAAGCAUUUUGCGUGUCUAGGAAACGUGUGUGUAUGUAUAUUGUUUCCAUUUUUAUUUCCAUUUAGGAGGAUAUCAUUAGUGUAAUGGGUCUUUUGUUUGUCCGGUUCCAUUCCAUGGAAAUUACAAGUAUGUUGUACAUACUGCCAACAAUUGUCUUGCAAGUUGAGGCCUACCUUUACUAUGAGACUAUAAAAUAAACUAUUUUAUCCUUUAA